UUAAAUCAUAUUUGGAGCUUGAAAUAAAAAAAAAUUCUGGUAAAUAUUAAACAAAUGAUAUAGUAUAGUUUGAUUAAAAAUCACUAAGACAGACCUGACCAAUCCAUCUUAUCAUUGUGUGAACAUGACCAGAGUAAACAGAGUCUCUCCAGGUGUAUACACACACUGUGUGCUUAACAGGCAGGGAGAGGAAUUUUCAGCCAUGCCUUUUCCAAGUACUGGAUCUAUACCAGGCAUGAGUCACCUACACUGCUGUGAUGAAUACAUGUAACCACAGAGGCUUUUAUAUAUCUGGGUUGGUUUUGCUGUUCUCUUUGUAACUGCUGUGAUAUCAUCAUAUACACAUGGAGGAGGAUGUUAAAUCUUGUGAAAUUAAUAGACCGACAACUUUAGCAAUGUCCACCUGUGAAGAAAGAGGUACUCUCAGUGGGUUUGGAAAUCCACUCUGUACUCCUAGAGGGGAGGAAGACACAUCCCCUGGGCCAACAGGAGUGUCACCAGAGUUACAAGAACUGUCACCAAGGUCCCAAGAAAGACUAAGGCAGCUUAAAAUAGAUUUGUCACAAGGGAAAGCUAAACUUGAGUAUGACAAGAAUAACAAAGUCCGAGUGAAUUACUGUGAUGAUAAAUCUAGCCAAUUCAAAAUGAAAGAUAUUGGCAAAGUAUUAGAAACAGACCAGGAAAAUAAAGAAGAGGUGUUGAAUCGUGUAAUGCAGGUCAUCGAGUUCAUGAAAUCCCAAAAUGCACCACAGGGAGCGGCUUUCAACUCUGCAAAGACUAAACCACAGUAUGGAUACUAUGAAAAAGGGCAGCAUUAUACAAUGAACAUGGAUCAGAUUUUGGGAGGAGGAGUACAUGGGAAAGUUGUUAUGGUCUAUGAUGAAAAAACUAAAGAACAAUCAGCUUUUAAAAAGGUAAUGUUACUAGACUUCAGGGAAGAGGAGAUAAGAGCUUGGGUGGCUAUGGAAGAUAAUCCACAUUUUCCAGAGCUGUACAUGCUUAAAGUAGAGGGAGACAAAGUAUUAUUAUUUAUGGAACCCUUACAGCCAAAAAUUACUUUGACUGAAGUCAUAGACCAGUAUUUUUCCCAGCUUCAAAGACAAGGUCCAGCAGCCCAGUGGUCAUUUUCCAUCUUUGUGGUCAAAGGUCUACUUGAAGCCAUCCAAGCUCUUCAUGAAAAGGGAUACACACACAAUGAUCUUCACACUGGUAAUAUUCUCCUUGAAGACACCAAGUCUAGUAUGGAAGUCAAGGUUGUUGACCUUGGCCUUGCUGAGGUCAUUCCUAAUCCACUGACAGUGACCAGCAAGGCCAAGGUCACAGAUGACCUGUGGAACAUCCUGAGAACUUUCAUUGCACUUUGUGCUGGGUAUACAUUUGAAUCCACUUAUGACAUGACAAAACACUGGAGAGAUGCAUUACAUUAUGUUGAUGAAUCAUUUCGUAAAGAAUUUGAGGAAAUUGUUGCUUUUUGCAUUGAUGCUGCUUUAAACUUUGCUACGGAGCUUCCAGCUGGAAAACUACUUAAUAAAUUGAAUGAGGCUGGAGACAUUGCUGAAGACCUGAAAGAUUGCAUGAGUGUUUUGAAAGGUAUCUUCUUUAGUGAUGGUUUCAUGCCAAUUCACCCAGAUCAGACAGACAAGGUAAUUUUCACUACAUUAAUGUAAUAUAAAAAAUAAGAUAAGAAAA